GGUCGUGACACUGGUAAAUAUGGAGAGCCUUGGGUGAAGCGCAGCUUGGAGAACGAGGGGAAGGCAGGGGACGGGCCGAGCUAGAAGAAGAACCACGAGCACGACAGCAACCCGCAAAAAAAAAAGACAGCAACCUGCAGCACAUCAUCCAACUCCUCUCUGUUGUAUCUAUUCGGAAGAAUAAGGCAAGAUGGCAAUGACUUCAUCAUCGGCAUACCCUCCGCCCCCUCCGUUUUACCGGCUAUACAAGGAUUUUGAGCAGGACCCCUCGUCUGCACCGGAACCCCCAUUGCCGAUCGAUGGAGCAUAUCAACUCUUCGGCGCUACCUACACAACAGAUGUGGUGCUCCCAAGUCUGGAGGAUCAAGGUGUUCGGCAGCUCUAUCCAAAGGGCCCAGAUAUCGACUUCAAGAAGGAACUAAGGACACUCAACAGAGAGCUCCAACUCCAUAUCCUGGAGCUAGCAGAUAUUCUAGUGGAGAGGCCAUCUCAGUAUGCUCGCAGGGUCGAAGAUAUUUCGCUCAUUUUCAAGAACCUGCACCACCUUCUUAAUUCCCUACGACCACACCAGGCAAGAGCGACAUUGAUUCACCUUCUUGAGAACCAGAUACAGCGUCGUAAGCAAGCAAUUGAAGAUAUAAAACAGAGAAGAGAGGAGGCACAGAGGCUACUUGGGGAAUCACUGGUUAUUAUAGAUGGAAGCCAGCAGGGACUCCAAUGUGAAGGCCUCUGAUACGCGGGUUUCUUGGUGCCAGGUUGGCUGGAUUAAGAUGAACUAUCGGUGUUUUAGGUGGUGAAUGCAU